AUGUGCGCAGAUCUCGUGGCGCGGGUGCCCUCCGUCCUUCAAGCGGCACUGGACGCUGCCGCCAACUCCCCAGCAUCCGUCGCCUCUGCGCUGUCUGACAUUCGUGAAGUCAUCGUCUUCGGCGGCGGUUCGCGUAUUCCCAUCAUGCAGUUGGCCAUCCUCUCUGCGACUAAAAUGGAGACGCUGGGAAAGAACGUGAAUUCUGACGAGGCGGCAGCCAUGGGCGCAAUUUAUCAGGCUGCCUCCAACACUCGCGGUUUUCUGGUGAAAAAAGUUGUCCUUCGCGGUUCAAAUCGUUAUCCGCUGGCUGUCACCUUACCACGCUUCUCUGCUGACAAUGGCACGGAUUUUGUUGAGGGCGAACUUGUCACUCGCCUCCUUUUCCCUGCAGGGAAUCUAUUUCCACAAAAGCGCAAUAUUAAAUUUCCUCGACCACAGAAAGACAUAUUCUUCCAGGUUCACUACGGCGAGGCGUCUGAAAAUCUCUCCAGGCUAGUUAGCGACAACUUUUCUACCGAAAUUUGUAUCUGGAGUCACAAGUUUUAUCGCUCACUUUUUUUAUCUUCUAGAUACCUUAACGGAGCCGAGGCGGUUAUGAAUGUGAGUAUCUCUAACGUGAAUUCAGUGAUGGAGAAAUUUGAGGAGAGUGGACACUCGCCUCAAGCAGUCAAAACUCAUCUGGAAUUGGAUGCUAGCGGUAUUCUCCAGCUCUCCGAGGUCAACCUCAUCAUGGUUCAUGGAGGACCAGAAAAUAAAAGCAAUGGUACUCCCUCCACCCUUAAAAAAUUCGCGGACGGAAUUUCGAAUCUCUUCGGUUCCGGUGAUAGCAAAGCAAUGGGGGACAAAGUUAAUUUGCCUGAUGUUUUGGAGCAAUCAAAUGGUAGUAACGAGACAUUGAUCCAUCCGCUACCAUUUCAUGUGCAAAUCCUUGAUCUUGUGAGUCCCCCAGUCGAGUCUGUCGGUGCAUCGAUGGCUAUGUACGUAGUUUUACGCUCCUUUUCUCCAUCUUUAAAAGCGUCUGUGUGGCUUGUAUUUGUCUAUGAUGUUGUUGUUGCCUCCAUUCAUUCGGCUCUAUUCUCAUUAGCCUUUGGUAACUCUAGCCGCAAAAUCUGCCAAGCUGAACGUUUACCAUUAUUAUUAGCAAAAAUUUUUCCCCCUAAUCAAAAAAAUCGUUGGAUUGCAGUCGAACGUGUAAUUUGUUAUUAG